CUUUGUGCAGUUGUUGUUUCUUCUUACACUGUCGCAGUGAGCAGUUGCCAUAUUUUUUCUACGUUCAUAACCCAAAAGAAUGAGUGGCGGCGUGUAUGGAGGAGAUGAAGUCGGAGCCCUUGUCUUCGAUAUCGGUUCCUAUACCGUGCGAGCCGGCUAUGCAGGAGAGGACUGUCCGAAGGCUGAUUUUCCUACGGUGAUUGGAGUUACACUGGACCGGGAAGAUGGUACCACCCCGAUGGAGACAGACGGUGAUAAGGGCAAACAGAGUGGUACAACAUAUUACAUCGACACUAACCAGCUGAGAGUGCCCCGGGAAAACAUGGAGGUCAUGUCACCACUCAAAAAUGGCAUGAUUGAGGAUUGGGACAGUUUUCAGGCCAUCUUAGAUCACACUUACAAGAUGCACUUCAAAUCAGAGCCCAGUUUGCAUCCUGUACUGAUGUCAGAAGCUUCGUGGAACACACGAGCGAAGAGAGAGAAGCUAACAGAGCUCAUGUUUGAGCAUUACAACAUUCCCGCUUUUUUCCUGUGUAAAACAGCUGUGCUGUCCGCCUUUGCCAAUGGACGGUCUACUGGUUUGGUAUUAGACAGUGGAGCAACUCACACCACAGCCAUUCCUGUGCAUGAUGGUUAUGUGCUGCAGCAAGGCAUUGUCAAAUCCCCUCUUGCAGGAGACUUCAUGACUAUGCAAUGCAGGGAACUGUUUCAGGAGUUAAAUGUUGAAAUAGUGCCUCCAUACAUGAUUGCAUCAAAGGUGAGACCUGCCAAAGAUACAGUGCGUGAAGGUGCCCAAGCCAAUUGGAAGAAAAAGGAGAAACUACCUCAAGUCACCCGUUCAUGGCAUAACUACAUGUGUAAUACUGUAAUUCAGGACUUCCAAGCUUCAGUUCUCCAGGUCUCAGAUUCACCCUAUGAUGAACAAGUGGCCGCCCAGAUGCCCACAGUUCAUUAUGAACUGCCCAACGGGUAUAACUGUGAUUUUGGUGCCGAGAGAUUAAAGAUCCCUGAGGGGCUUUUUGACCCUUCAAAUGCAAAGGGUUUGUCAGGGAACACCAUGCUUGGAGUCGGCCACGUUGUGACUACCAGCGUGGGAAUGUGCGAUAUCGAUAUCCGACCGGGUCUUUAUGGCAGUGUUGUGGUUACUGGUGGAAAUACCCUGAUCCAGGGCUUCACAGACCGACUUAACAGAGAACUCUCACAGAAAACUCCACCGAGCAUGCGUUUGAAGUUGAUAGCCAAUAACACCACAGUAGAGCGCAGGUUCAGUGCCUGGAUUGGAGGGUCGAUCCUGGCUUCACUGGGAACUUUCCAGCAAAUGUGGAUCUCAAAACAAGAGUAUGAGGAAGGAGGGAAACAGUGUGUCGACAGGAAGUGUCCUUGAACUGACCUCCAUCCAUGUCUGGCUGCCUUUUGAAGAAAAGAACAGUAACACCUCUGAUUUGAAAAAAAGCCUUCAAAGUGGACUCAGGAACAAAAACUGGACAUGUACUGUCUUUUUUUCUCCCCCCAAGAGAACACCUGUCCUUUGUUUUGUUUCAAAAGAAUUUCCUACUUCUACCAGUCUCUGUUAUUAAUUGCUAUUUUCAUAGAGAAAACAGCCACGUUCUUUUUCUUUUUUUUUUUUUACACCUCACAAGUCAAUAUUUUAAUAACAAAUUUGACAGGGUUCAGGAAGACUUCCAAAUGUGUGUCUGACGUUGUGUGAGUAGCCUAAAGCUUUUUGGUGAAUAGUCAUAUAAAUGUGAGUUUUCAAGCCCUUUCUAUCACUGUCUGAAAGAGAGAUUAGUAUAAGCAAUAUAAACGUAUGCCAUUGUGGUGCUUAAGUGCACACUGGACAAAAUAGCUGUUCACUGCAAACUGUUUGUUAUGCUUUUAAUUAUUGAUGGGCUUUUUUGA